AUGCUAUUCUUAAGCAUCUAUAAUUUCGCUUCAUGUCAAAUCCAAAACUUCUUCUAUGUUUUAUUCUUUUCUUAUCGAGCUAACCCGGAUAUCCUGGAGUAUCCGUUUCAAAUCGGGUUAAAGGGCAAAUAAGUUGUACCACAAUUAUCAUCACCACAAACUAGCAAGUUUAAAUGUUUGCCGAAUGGUUGCUGUGAUGAACAUCAAUGGUGCCGUUUUUGGGCAUCAAUCGGUGAAUGUACGGCAAAUCCGGAUUGGAUGAGUGAAAACUGUCAAUUAGCGUGUAAUACGUGUAAUACUGCCAUUCAAGGUUAA